CUAAAUGAUCCUUAAUAGAAUUAAUAGUGUGACAUUCAUAAAAACAAAAUGGUCCCAGUGAUAGUGAGAGCUCGUGUUAAAAUCCCAUUUUUUGGCUAGGGAUCAGAUCCCACCACUUCGAAUAUAAUCAACCACAUAGAGAAAUCAACGAAUCACCACACGCCAUGAACCAAACCAAAUCCACCACCGACAACGAUAACAAAAACUCCAAACCAGCCAAAACCGAAUCAAUCACCACCGUACCGGAAUGGAUAACCAAAACAAUCAACGGUGGAUCAUUCCGCCACGUAGAUCUCGAAACCGGAACCAACGGCUGGGCUUCACCACCAGGCAACGUCUUCUCUCUCCGCUCCCAUAACUACUUCACCACAAAACAAAAAUCUCCCGGCGGCGAUUAUCUCCUCUCUCUCGCCGCCGUAGACUGGCUCAAAUCCACCACAAACAAACUCGAUCACAUCCUCUCUCGUCCCGAUAACCGUGUAAUCCACGCACUCAAAACCUCCCAUUCUCGUAGCUUCAUCUUCGCCGUCAAUUUCCAGAUCCCAGGCAAAGAACACUACAACUUUGUCUUCUACUUCGCAACACAAAAACCAAUCCCUUCCGAUUCACUCCUCCACAAAUUCAUCAAUGUAGACGACAGUUCAUUUCGCGACGAGAGAUUCAAAAUCAUUAGCAAUGUUGUGAAAGGUCCUUGGGUUGUUAAAGCAGCAGCUGGGAAAUUUGGUGCGUUUGUUGUUGGGAAGAGUGUGAAAUGUAGUUAUUAUAGAGGAGUUGAUUAUUUUGAGGUUGAUGUUGAUAUUAGUAGCUCGCCGAUUCUGACGGCGCUUGUGAGGUUGAUGUUGGGGUAUGUUACAAGUUUGAUGGUUGAUGUUUGUUUUGUUGUGGAAGCGCAAACGGAGGAGGAGUUGCCGGAGAGAUUGAUUGGUGGUGCUAGGAUUUGUCAUAUGGAGUUAUCGUCGGCGUUUGUAGUUGAUGAUGAUGAUGAUGAUGAUGAUGAGAAGAAGCGACGGCGGAGAAUGAUGGGUGUGGCGGAAGAAAACGACGAUGGAAGAUGAGAUUUGAAAUGAAGAAAAUUAAUAAUAAAAUAAUUAGUUAUAAUAGUAUUUUAUUUCCACGAAUAGGACAAGAUUUGAGAUUCUGUUUUUGUUACUUUCUUUUGUCCACCCAUUGUCGAUUGGGGUGGUAAUAUGAAAAUUUUAAAGAUUAAUAUUGGAAUAUUGAGUUUUUUUUUU